UCUUGCCGCUGCGCUGCAGCCGUGGGCCCCCGCUCACCGAGCCGCUGCCGCUGCCUGCGAAAUGACGGCGGUUCCCCUCACUUCCAGGAAUCCACGCUUCCUGGAAGGUGAGUGGCUGGGCUCACCCCUGCCUGCCACCCAGACGCAGACAUGCACACACCACCCGCACUCCCUCGCCGCCGUUUCCAAGGCGGCGGCCGUGUUCGCACCCCAGGGUCUCACCGGCAAGGGAAGGAUAAUCCGGAGAGGGAUCCCUCAGGAGGGUGUGUUCCGGAUUUCUUGCCUCAGGCCCAAGACUCCAACCAUUUUAUAAUGGAAUCUUUAUUUUGUGAAAGUAGCGGGGACUCAUCUCUGGAGAAGGAGUUCCUCGGGGCCCCAGUGGGGCCUUCGGUGAGCACCCCCAACAGCCAACACUCUUCUCCCAGCCGUUCGCUCAGCGCCAACUCCAUCAAGGUGGAGAUGUACAGCGAUGAAGAAUCGAGCAGACUGCUGGGGCCAGACGAGCGGCUUCUGGAAAAGGAUGACAGCGUCAUCGUGGAGGACUCGCUGUCGGAGCCGCUGGGCUACUGUGACGGCAGCGGGCCAGAGCCCCACUCCCCUGGCGGCAUCCGGCUCCCCAAUGGCAAGCUCAAGUGUGACGUGUGUGGCAUGGUCUGCAUCGGGCCCAACGUGCUCAUGGUGCACAAACGCAGCCACACUGGUGAAAGGCCCUUCCACUGCAACCAGUGUGGGGCCUCCUUCACCCAGAAGGGGAACCUCCUGCGCCACAUCAAGCUGCACUCAGGGGAGAAGCCCUUCAAAUGUCCCUUCUGCAACUACGCCUGCCGCCGGCGGGAUGCGCUCACCGGCCACCUCCGCACACACUCCGUCUCCUCUCCCACGGUGGGCAAGCCCUACAAGUGUAACUACUGCGGCCGAAGCUACAAACAGCAGAGCACCCUGGAGGAACACAAGGAGCGGUGCCACAACUACCUGCAGAGUCUUAGCACUGAAGCCCAAGCAAUGGCUGGCCAACCAGGUGAUGAGAUUCGUGACCUGGAGAUGGUGCCAGAUUCCAUGCUGCACUCGGCCUCUGAGCGGCCAACAUUCAUCGAUCGUCUGGCCAACAGCCUGACCAAGCGCAAGCGAACCACCCCUCAGAAGUUUGUAGGUGAAAAGCAGAUGCGCUUCAGCCUCUCGGACCUCCCCUAUGAUGUGAACUCGGGUGGCUAUGAGAAGGACGUGGAGCUGGUGACACACCAUGGCCUGGAACCAAGUUUUGGGGGUUCUCUGGCCUUUGUCGGGGCCGAGCACCUGCGUCCCCUCCGCCUCCCGCCUGCCAACUGCAUCUCAGAACUCACGCCCGUCAUCAGCUCCGUCUACACCCAGAUGCAGCCCCUCCCCGGUCGGCUGGAGCUCCCGGGAUCCCGAGAAGCAGGUGAGGGCCCCGAGGACCUGACCGAUGGAGGUCCCCUGCUCUACCGGGCCCGGGGCCCCCUCACCGACCCGGGGGCCUCCCCCAGCAAUGGCUGUCAGGACUCCACAGACACAGAGAGCAACCACGAAGACCGGGUUGGGGGGGUGGUCUCCCUCCCUCAGGGCCCCCCGCCCCAGCCUCCUCCCACCAUCGUGGUGGGCCGGCCCAGUCCCGCCUACGCCAAAGAGGACCCCAAGCCCCAGGAGGGGCUGCUGCGGGGCACCCCGGGCCCCUCCAAGGAAGUCCUCCGGGUGGUGGGUGAGAGUGGCGAGCCCGUGAAGGCCUUCAAGUGUGAGCACUGCCGCAUCCUCUUCCUGGACCACGUCAUGUUCACCAUCCACAUGGGCUGCCACGGCUUCCGAGACCCUUUCGAGUGCAACAUCUGCGGUUACCACAGCCAGGACCGGUACGAGUUCUCGUCCCACAUUGUCCGGGGGGAGCACAAGGUGGGCUAGCGGCCUCCUCC